UGAGGCCAAACUAGAACACGUCAUCCCAAACAGGAUCCUUGGAGUCUGGAGAGGAUAUAAGGCGGGCCGACUGGACCUCUGCACCUUUGUGAAGACGUGUGAACUGAACAAUGAGGGCUGUUGGUUUGCUGCUGCUGCUGCUGGCUCUGUGUGGGUCAGGAGCUCAGGGGGAGCUUCAGGAGACGGAGACCACAAAGACAACCACACCUGACAUCUGGGCGGAGGUGAGGGCUCUGAGAGACAUGGUGGUGGAGCUCAAGGUGGAGCUGAGGAACGUUCAGGCCGCAGUGACGGACAGUGAGAGCCAGGUGGAGGAACUGAAAGCUGAGCUGAUGGUCACCAACGUGUACACCAGACUGAGCAGCAGUGAGUCCAGGAUCGACACGCUGGAGAGAGAAAAUACAGGUGAUGAAAGGAAGGUGGCCUUUUACACAGGUCUGACUAAUGAUGGAUAUCUUGGACCAUUCAACACAGACAUCACACUGCAAUACAGCAGAGUCUUCACCAACGUCGGCGAUGCUUACAAUCCAUCUACAGGUUUCUUCACAGCUCCAGUCAGAGGGGUUUACUACUUCCAGUUCACUAUGAGUGGUGGCCGAACAGGUCACAUGGGUGUCUAUGUGUACAAGAACAACCAGAAGAUCAUGUAUAAUUAUGAGGUUAAGGAAGAGGAAGGUCAUGAAUACAUGACUAACUCUGUUGUCUUGGAGCUGAUGGCAGGAGAUGAAAUCCACCUCGUUCUCCCAGACGGCUGUUCUCUCUAUGACAAUACAAACAACCACAACAGCUUCAGUGGCUCCCUCCUCUUCACACUGUGA